AUGAAAGUGCAUUAUGACGUUGGCGUGCUGUUUAUUUCGACGUCGCCAGACCCGAUCACGCCUGUCAAGGAAGUCCAAAGUGAACAGGGACUCAUCUGGAAACAUGACAUGUUAUCAACGACGAAUUCCCCAGUUCUGACGCUCCCUACACCAUUCACGUCUGUGGGCAAUGUGACAAUUUGUCACGGUAGGCACAACCCGGGGCUGUCGAGCAUGAAGAUGAGCUGCAUGAAGACGAUUUAUAAUCGUCUGACCCCUUACUCGAACACCAAUUCCUCAUCAGCAACUACCAGCAGCAUAGCUCCACAUUCAUCAGGUUGCCUUAACAGACUAAAUACAUGCUCGGUAAAUGUGGUGCUGGGAUCUCCUUAUCCAGGCUAUGGGGAAUCGAACUGCACCACUCUUGUGGACGCUCUGGCUUGUCUACGGACAGAAGACGCCCAGUGCCAGGAACCUGACAAAACCAACAUGGUCCUCACCUCGGACGUACUCCGCGCUUUAUCAACGAACUGCUUCAAUACAGUUUCGGUUUCGCCAGGCUGUUCUGCCAGAAAUACGACAUGCUCGGCAAAUAUGAUGUCACCUCCGGCCGGAUAUUCCCCAGCACAGGAAGAUGUAAAGUCAUACUGCAGUAUGAUGGGCAGCACAUUGGCUUGUUUACGCACAGAUGACGUCCAGUGCCAGGAACCAGAAAAAACAAUAAUGAUCGCCAACUCGGGACUGACGCUACAAUCGACCCGCUACUGUUAUUCAAUGCCUCCGGUAUCGUCUGCCUGUCUCAACAAACUGACAACGUGCAUGGCUGAUGGAGGUAUCGUGUUUCCUUUCGUAGGAAUCCCAGAAUCGAACUGCAGCGCCUUCGGAGGAGUUCUAGCGUGUCUACAGACAGCUGACGAACAGUGUCCGGAACCGGACAGAUCGUUGAUGAUCAUCCGCUCAGCUAUGCCUCAGGCAGUACUAACAUGUGACUUGAAUGCUCGGUGCGAUACAAGCCCCUGCAAGAACACCACUGGAGCAAAUCCAGGAAACAUUACAGCAAUUGUACAACUACUAGUUACGUGCAUCGACAGCAAACUGGCGCAGUGUGGCGCGGAUGUGUCUACCUACUCGAUGUCAAACCUAGCGAGCGGACUCAUCAAACUUACUGAAGUAAUGUCACUGACGGGAUAUGGUCUGAGCGCGCUAUACACUUGCCCGAUCCACAGUCGUUGUGAGUUAGACAUCUAUGAUACCAACAAAUAUGCUGGGUUACCUAUCCCAGAAAUCUGGUGCCGGGUGUACAAACAGACGACGGCCUGUAUCCUCUCGAAUAUCAAACCCUGCCAAGUUAUUGUAAGUGAAACAGUCUUGCAGUCGCUGAAUGAUGCCUGGAAUGCUUUCAACACGUUCUGUUCAAAUGAUUUACCAACUUCCACUGUGGCAUCGACACCAGAUUCAACUUCGUCUAGUACUACUGAAUCGUCCACGCCAGUACCCACUUCAUCUAGUUCCACUAUGACAUCCAUACCAGAUUCAACUUCGUCUAGUACUACUGAAUCGUCCACGCCAGCAUCAACUUCACCUAGUUCCACUGUGACAUCCACACCAGGUUCAACUUCAACGACUUCCAGUGUGCCAUCUAGUACAGGUAUAGUAAUGUCUCUUCAGAGUUUGUUCAGCCAGAGUGUUUUCUUCCUGUAA